UUUAGUGGAAUUUGUAUUCACUCACAACAAUGACACAUUCUUGCCUACACCAUCAUCUCUCCUUUCUCGCUCUUUCAACUUCAAUCUCACUUGUCCGGUUGUCCCUAACCCCUCUUUUUCUCUGUUUUGCUGUAUGACAAAAUUCUACACUUUCUCUCUCUUUUUUUAUAAUUCUACAGGCUUACCUGCUCUAAUCUUUUAAAAAGUCAACUUCCAUCCCCAUUAUACAUUUUCUCCAUCACUAAACAACAAAUUCUACCCACUCUACUCUUUAGAAAAACCCCCCACUACCCCAAUUUUCAUUUGAUCAUCUUUCUUUUUGACCAAAAUUCCCAAUUCUCCCCUUUCAUAAAAAACCCAUCUCAAAAAAAGUGAAUUUAAUUGGCCAAGAUUGAAUUUUUUUUUUGUGGGUUUUAAAUUUUAAUCCAAAUUCAUGGUCUCUUUUACCCUAAAUAAGUGAAUUUUAUUGGCCAAGAUUGAAUUUUUUUGUGGGUUUUAAUACCCAUUUCAAAAAAAGUGAAUUUGAUGGGCCAAGAUUGAAUUUUUGUGGGUUUAAAAUCAAAUUUCAUGGUUGUUAAUAUGAUCAAGUGGAGACCAAGGCCUCCUAUUAUAUCCAAGAAAUUUGAGGUUAAAUUUGUAGUUCAUUCUAUAAAAGGGCUAAGACAUGUUGAUUGUGAUGAUGAUGAUGAAAAUAAUAAUGGGUUUGAUUUUGAUAAGUUGUGUAAAUUUAAGGUGGAGAUUAAAUGGAAGGGUUCUAAGACUAAUGGGUUUAGGUCUUUGAAGAAAAAGGGUGUGAAGAAGAAUUUUACAAGGGAAGAAGGGUUAGGUCAAAACGGUGUCGUUUUGUGGGAUGAAGAAUUUAGGCAAGUUUGUGAAUUUUGUGGGUCCAAAGAGAAGAUGACUAUGGUGGAAGUUUAUAGUCCAUGGGAAGUUUCAUUUAUUGUCUUCUAUAAGAAAAGGAACAAGGCGGUUCCUUUGACUGCAUCUGCGGUGUUGAAUGUUGCUGAGUUUGCUUCUUUGGACGAUGUAAAAGAGCUUGACAUCAACAUACCUCUUUCGAUUCUCCAUCGCGGAUACAAUUCUAGUCCCUCUAUUUCUGUUUCACUUAGCUUAACGAAGCUGAAAACUACAAAAGAACCCGCAAUUGAAGUGACGAGGCCAAUGAUGUUUGCGCCAUUAUCACCUUGUUUUGGCGCUUCUCCUUUGAUAAAGAAAGACGAAACUUCUAAAUCAAGUCUAAGAAAAGUGAAAAGCUUGACGGAUUAUGUCUCUUCUAGGAUAUCAAAGAAGGCAUACCAUGAAGAAGGCAGUAGCGACAGCAAGUUCUCUACUGGGAGUGAGGAUUCGGAAUACAAUUGCCCUUCUGACACUGACUCGUUUGAUGAUACCGAUGAGGGCGAUUUAGGGGAAUGUAGAGAGAAAACCGAUGUUCAGAUUUCCUGUAGUUACGGCAAUUUAGUCCAUGUUAACUUAGCGGGUGGAGCAUUCGACCAGGGAAUCAAUUGUGAGGACGACAAUUUGGUUUAUUACGGCAGACACAAACCACAUGUGGAUAGCUCACUUUCUCAAGAUUUUGGCACAUCCGUCUCUGAUCAAGUGCUGAGGCAGAGUCCAAAAUUUCGGAUUUCAUGGAACAAAGGGAAGCUGAGUUUUAAAUCUCGUAGGAUCAAGGGGGAACCGUUACUGAAGAAAGACUAUGGUGAAGACGGUGGAGAUGAUAUUGAUUUUGAUCGGCGUCAAUAUUCCUCCGAUGACUCGUUAGUGCCAUUUGAUGGUUCAACAGAAAGCGGGUCAUACAUCUCUGAAUUCGGGGACGAUAAUUUUGCUGUUGGUAGUUGGGAACAAAAGGAGAUACUAAGCCGCGAUGGGAGCAUGAAGCUUAAAACCCAUAUCUUCUUUGCGUCUAUCGACCAAAGGAGCGAAAGGGCUGACGGUGAGAGUGCGUGCACUGCUUUGGUUGCUGUUGUCGCUGAUUGGCUCCAUUCCAACCAAGGGGAAAUGCCGAUAAAAUCUGAAUUCGACAGCCUCAUUCGGGAAGGUUCCUUUCAAUGGAGAAAGCUCUGUGAGAACGAGUACUAUAGAGAGAAAUUUCCCGACAAGCACUUCGACCUAGAAACUGUCGUUCAAGCCAAGAUUCGCCCUCUCACCGUCAUCCCAGAAAGAUCCUUCAUCGGAUUCUUUCAUCCUGAUGGUUUUGAUCAAGAACAAGACUCGUUCAGCUUCCUUCAGGGAGCCAUGUCGUUUGACAACAUAUGGGACGAGAUUUCCCGAGUGGCGUCCGAGAUGAAUUGCAACAGUGAACCUUUGGUGUAUGUUGUGAGCUGGAAUGACCAUUUUUUCAUCCUCCGGAUCGACUGGGACGCUUACUACAUCAUCGACACAUUGGGUGAACGGCUUUACGAGGGAUGUAAACAAGCUUACGUUCUGAAAUUCAACCACGACACAAUCAUCGAAAGCUUACCGUGUCAGAGUUCAUCGGCAGACGGUGAAACUAGCAAGAAAGAAUCGACUAUAUCCGAGGCUUCAGAUCACGAGUUAGAGGUGUCAGAGACAAUUAACGAGGAAGAGAAGGUGAUCUGCAAAGGGAAAGAAUCGUGCAAAGAGUACAUAAAGAGUUUCUUGGCGGCCCUUCCUAUACGAGAAAUGCAGAUCGACAUGAAGAAGGGAUUGAUGUCGUCGACCCCACUUCAUCAUCGGUUACAGAUAGAGUUUAACUACACUAAGCAGUCUUUUUUUCCACCCUCACCUGCCGAGUAUAUAGUUCCCGAAAAGGCGGGUGAUAUAAUAGAAGUUACUGAUGUACAGGCACCGAUAGUAGUUGAUGUCCGAGCACCAAUGGUAGCUGAUUCUUUGAUGACAGUUGAGGUACCGGCAUCCAUGAUAACAGUUAAGGUUGCAUAAAAAUAAGCGUUCCUAAAGGGCGUUCGUUCUAACUUUUCCUUAAUUUACCUUUGUUGGAGGGGUUUUUAGGUCCUCCAUUUUGUGUUCUAUAGUGGACUAAACAUAGAUCGAUGAAGAUGGUAAGGAUUAUCGUAUAAUUAUUGUUCAAGUUGAGGAGGUUUAAUGUAAGAAUUAGCCUUCCUUUCUCUCUGAGUGUUUGCGCCCUCUGAAGAGGAGGGUGAUCUUUGGCCUUCCGAACAUUGAAAUAUAGAGUUUUGAUGUUACGCCAACUCAACAUAAUAAUAAGGCGUUGUUUCGUUUAAA